AUGGGGAGAGGAGGAAUGGCGCCGCUUCCCGCCUUUAGAUUUUUUUUUCUUGCCAUUCGUCAAAUUUCGAAACCGGUAGUGAAGGCAACUGUCUCCCGGGCAAAGCGCGAGGCAACCAUCACACGUGCCUUGUGCCUCAGCCUUGGUCGUUUUUCUUUGGGGAUCUCUUGUGUCAUUGAAAAGUGGAAUUCAGAAGACACCACCCGCCGCGGCGAUGGGUCAUGGGCGAACUCAGGGCGCUCAGAUGCGAGGGAAAACGAGGCCAAAGAAGGAUUUUUGGUGGCGCCGAGAUCCCGUUCCUUGUUGCAGAAAAAUGCAGCGCCGGGUGGAUCCGAUGGUACGCAACGAAUUGGCCGGCUCUUUUUACGUCUCCCGAUGCAGACUGCGUGGGGGGCAUUCCGAUCAGCAUACUCCCCUUCCAUUGAUGAGGAACGUCUUGUAAAAAUUGGGGCGGAGGUUCUCAUUGAGCUGCUGGUUUAUUCUAUUCUCUCGGCUGCUCUGUACUUUGAACUGAGCACGGCGUCGAAGGCGUCGGAGGCAAAGGAAGCGUGCCUUCUGCAGCGCAUUGAGGCACUUGAGCGAAAGGUGAAUGAACUCGUCCAGGGCCAUCAUGCAGAUACAGUGGCUGUCAUUGAGGUGCCGGAGCAGAUAGUUGUAAGCCGCCUCGGCCGUCUGAAAAAGGGAGUUGAUCGCUUCUUAUCUCUGGCGUUGUAA